AUUGCCGACACUCAAACCAGCUCCAUACCAAACCUAAGCUCUAUAACCCUAGAGCUAAUACUUAAUUCAUAAUAAACCUAACGAGCGAACGAAGAAACGAAAGAAAAGAUGCAGUUCUCAACAACAACAACCUUCCUCUCCACCCUCCUCCUCUCCGCAGCAAGCACCCUCGCGGCACCUCUCUCAAUGGCGGCCCCGAACGCGGCGCAGUGGACGAUCGAGUCGCUGAAGCGCACCUGCGACGACAGCAACACGACGUGCGUGUGGGAGUUCGGCAUCAACACGGGCGAGGACGGCGUCGCCACCACCAGCGUGUCCAACUACACCGUCAAGGCGAGCGACUCCGCGCCCGCCACCCAGGCCAUCGGCGAGGCCCAGACCUUCGGCAACUACACCGUCACCAGCACCUGGAGCGGCCAGUUCGGCGAGGGCGAGGGCUUCACCACCCUCAGCGUCAUCGAUUAUAAUAAGGGGCUGAUCGUGUACCCUGCUUACAAAGAUACGCAGUUGGUGAACGGAACGGUCGUUACUCCUGACCAGAGCUACCCUGUCCAGACCCUGCCUUCUUAAAGAGUAUAAGGAAGGAUCUUAGCGAUGGGGGGAAAAGUGAAUACAGGAAAUGUAAUAAGGCCCGGUGGGAACUGUGACGAGUAAUAUAUACAUAUCACCUGGUUGUAAUGAAUAUAUAUGAUGGCAUGAAUUUCCACGAAUUUGUUCUGAAUAUGGGACGAUGAUAAUUGAGAAAAUUCGAUGUAUUAAUCGCUCUUAUAUGCGCAUGCGCGGUGUGAUACUUCUCCUAUUCCCCCUAUACUUGAGUAAUUGUGCAACAUGCAUUGUACGAAUAAUGA